UUUGUCCAAUCCACUUUGGGACAAUACCGGAAGCGGAUGCAGUUCAUUCCUCUUGUGUUGUGUUCAUUUAGCUAGAGGAAGAAAAUUCGUUUAGACUUUAUUUCUUGAAAUCGAACUGGUUAUCUGAAAAAUUAAAGGACAUUGUGGCUGCUUUACAAUCGGUUGAUGGAAACAUUCUAAAAUGUUUAGCUUUGAGGGAGAUUUCAAGACGAGACCUAAGGUAUCACUGGGAGGAGCAAGUAAAAAGGAGGAGAAGGCCUCUUUAUUGCACCGCACUCAAGAAGAAAGAAGAAAGAGAGAGGAUGAAAGAAAACGGUUGAAGAAUGCGAUUGUCAUCCAAUCCUUUAUACGUGGAUACCAAGAUUUAAAGCGACAGUAUGCUUUUCAACGAGCCUGCUUUGAUGAGAGUGUCACCCAGACACAGGCACUGGGAUCACAGUAUGUUGUAGAUGGUCCAAGUCUUUGCCUCUUGUCAAGACGAUUAAUAUUUUUCUACAGACAGAGUGUGGAUGCCCAUCAAUUGAUAUGGCUGGGCCACAAUUUGAUAAAACACAACAAUCAGUUUAUUAAACUGCUGGUGGGCCCACAUAAGCAGACUUGUGUUUUUCAAAUCAAGAGAAUUCUUGCUUUCUGCUGCAGGCUCCUGCAAAGUUGUGGUGAUGACAGUUUAAAUGUGGCAGUACCCAUGCGAAUUCUAGAAAUUUUUGUUUCAGACAAGACAUAUCUUCCUGUUAUUCCAGAUGCUAACUAUGUAGCUUCACUACUUGAGCAGAUUUUGCACUAUAUAGUUCAGAAAGGAUACUACAGGUCUCUGUACACUCUUGCGAAUCACAGACUCCCCACCAGUCUGGAGUACAGUGACACUCUGUCAGUUCCUCUGGCAAGCACACUUUUGGAGCACAUCAUAAAACCUCUGCACUUUACCUACUCCUCCUGCACAACAGACGCAAGGCAAUUUGUGUUUGCAGCCUUUACAGAGGAGUUUAUCUCUGCGCCAUUCACUGAACAGAUUUUUCACUACUUCAUCCCGGCACUAUCAGAUCCGCAUGUGUCAUUCCCAUUUGAGGCCUUCCUUAGCUCUCUUAAAGCAACUAGAGACUAUUCUUCAUCUGCUCACAGCCGGGCACCAUGGGUUCUCUACUUUGUUCUUUCUGCUGGGGAAAAUGGCUUAGGCUCUUUGUCAGAGGAUGGUCUGCUCCUUUACCUACGAGCACUACAGACACUUUUGCCUUUGCUACCCGUGUCCGAGAGCUCGAACAGGCCUGAGGUGAACAGUGACUCUGAAGAUGAGGAUGAUGCUGGCAUGCGUCUACCACCCAAGCAGGAUGACAGUCGAAUCUCCAUACAGCUCAUUACAGAAGAAUGUGUACAUAAGCUGGACACCAAGCAGCAGACAAACGCUCUCCUCAACCUGGUAUGGAGGGACUCAGCCAGUGAGGAGGUUUUCACCAUGAUGGCUUCCAUCUGUCACACGCUGAUGGUCCAGCAUCGUCUCAUGGUGCCCAAAGUCAGACUUCUGUACAGUUUAGCCUUCACUGCUCGCUUCCUAAGGCAUCUGUGGCACCUGAUCACUUCUAUGACAACCAAAAUGAUCACAGGCUCCAUGGUCCCACUUCUGCAGCUCCUGUCCAGAGGAUCUCCCAUGUCGUUUGAAGACUCCAAUCGGAUUAUUCCAAUUUUCUAUCUCUUCAGUUCUCUCUUUAGCCACUCCCUCAUCUCAGUGCAUGACAGCGAGUUCUUUGGACAUGAAAUGGAAGGUCAGGUGCAGUCCUCCAUGAUGCCCUUCACUCUGUCUGAGCUCGUGACUCUGUCUCGCUGCCUUAGAGAUGCGUGCUUGGGAAUUAUCAAACUCGCAUAUCCCGAGACAAAGACCGAACACCGUGAGGAGUACAUGGCAGCCUUCCGCAGUGUGGGGGUCAAAACCAACACAGAAGUUCAACAGAGAAUCCAGGCUGAACAAAAGAGCUGGGUGCAGCUUUUUAAGGUCAUCACUAACUUGGUGAAGAUGAUAAAAGCUCGAGACAUUAGACGACCAUUUUGUCCAGCAGGCCACUGGCUUUCUGAAGAGGGAAACAUCCGAGCUGAUAGGGUCACCCAACUGUAUGUGCCUUCUGCAAGAAAUGUAUGGCGCACACGGCGGAUGGGUCGCAUUGGACCAUUACAGUCUACGCUGGAUGUUGGUUUGGAGCCCCCACAGCUGUCAGUGUCUGAGGAGCGGCAUUUGGCCAUCCUGACAGAGCUUCCCUUUGUGGUUCCUUUUGAGGAACGAGUCAAGAUCUUCCAGAGGUUAAUCUUUGCAGACAAACGUGAUGUGCAGGGGGACGGCCCAUUUCCCGAUGGCAUCAAUGUCACCAUUAGACGCAACUACAUUUAUGAAGAUGCAUAUGAUAAACUUUCCCCAGAGAAUGAGCCAGACUUGAAGAAGCGUAUUCGUGUUCACCUGCUGAAUGCUCACGGUCUGGAUGAGGCGGGAAUUGAUGGCGGAGGGAUCUUCCGAGAGUUUCUCAAUGAGCUGCUUAAGUCAGGCUUCAAUCCUAACCAGGGCUUCUUUAAGACCACCAACGAGGGGCUCCUGUACCCCAGCCCCACUGCACAGAUGCUGGUUGGAGACUCCUUUACGAGACACUACUACUUUCUAGGGAGGAUUCUUGGGAAGGCAUUAUAUGAGAACAUGCUGGUGGAGCUGCCCUUUGCCAGUUUCUUUCUGUCCAAACUGCUGGGAACGAGUGCUGAUGUGGACAUCCACCACCUCGCCUCUCUUGACCCUGAAAUGUACCGCAACCUGCUAUUCCUCAAGAGCUAUGAGGGUGAUGUAGAGGAGCUUGGCCUCAACUUCACUAUAGUCAACAAUGAUCUGGGAGAGGCUCAGGUGGUCGAGCUGAAACCUGGAGGAAAAGACAUUCCUGUGACUACAGUCAACCGCAUCACCUACAUUCACCUGGUGGCCGACUACAGACUGAACAAGCAGAUCAGACCUCACUGCCUGGCUUUCAGACAAGGCCUUGCCAAUGUGGUCAACCUGGAAUGGCUGCGCAUGUUUGAUCAGCAGGAAAUGCAGGUUCUGAUCUCUGGAGCUCAUGUGCCCAUUUGUCUCGAUGAUUUGAAAAAGUUCACAAACUACUCGGGUGGUUACUCGGCCACUCAUCCCGUCAUCCAGAUCUUCUGGGAAGUGGUGGAAAGCUUCACAGAUGAAGAAAAACGGAAGCUGCUCAAGUUUGUGACCAGCUGCUCCAGACCCCCUCUGCUGGGCUUCAAGGAGCUUUAUCCGGCCUUCUGCAUCCACAACGGCGGAUCAGACCUGGAGCGUCUCCCCACUGCAAGUACCUGCAUGAACCUGCUCAAGCUGCCAGAGUUCUGUGACCAGGGCCUCAUGAGGAACAAACUGCUUUACGCCAUUGAGUCAUCUGCUGGGUUUGAGCUGAGCUGAAAACGGCCAACAGAACAUAAAUAUAACGGGAAUAGGACGAUAAACUGCCCUGCCUGGUUUGGUGUGCGUGUGUAUGAAUGCCUAUGGACUGAAGAAAUGUGCCAGUACUAAGCAGAGUGGAAAUACUUUUAUCUGUUAGUUUUAAUUAUUUUAAUGUCAGAAUAGAUUGGAGUAACAGCAAUAGUGCAGUACAAGACAUUUUAAAUGAAAUGAAUGAUAGCAGCUGCUCUGAGUAUUUUCACCAAAGAAAAUAAAAAGUGGAAGCAUAAUUAAAGGCAAUAUAUGAAGAGCAGCAGGCAUUAAGACUCUAAAGCCUCUUCACGGUGUGCCAAGGGCUGUGGCAGCAAGUGUGUAUAGUUCAUCAUGUAAUCACACAGCUUUGGGGUUUUCUAGUCACCACUACAAGUCAUGUCCCAUAUCAUAACUGUACACAGGUCAUCUGAUGCUACAUGUGUGGAAUUGUUGAGGGAGAAAUGGCUUUGCAGUAUUGAGAAAAACAAAAUAAUCAUGGAUUUGUGAAUAUGUAUAUGUUUACUCUUGUAUUAUUAUUUGUACAGGGUGUCCUUUCUGUUCCUUUGCUUCUCUGUACAAUCUGCUCCCUCGACAGUCUGCUUUGAGGACAUGAGCCCUGUCACUAGACAUGGCCACCAGUGAGAAUGUCCCAACAAAAAAAGGUGUGAAUAAACCUGUUCUUUUUU